CCAUCGCGGUUAGUCGCAACCCAGUCGCCACCGUCGCCAGCGCUGGCAAUUGUUUACGUAGACACCCGGCCAGGCAGUCGGUAGUGGCAAUUUCGCGACCCAUUUAGCGGGACCCACACUGCCCUCCACCUACUGUCGCGUCUUCCCACGAGGCUGUGAACCGGUAGAGUAAGAUGUGUGAGAAAAGUCUACGCGGUGGAUGCCAAAAGCGUUGACCAAAUUGAUUCCAAUUAGUGUUUGAUAAUUGAUACAACUGGGAUGCCCGUCGUUGACAACUGGUCAAAACCAAUCAGUUGGAAUUCCAGGAUAAAAGUGGAAAAAUCUUCCGGCUGCCAGUUUGUGCAUUUAUAGUUAUAGUGUUUUGACAAAGCGCAUGCGUUUGGUGGCGAUCCGAUCCUGAAAUAGAUUCAUUCAUUUCGCUUUACCACGUUUAUAGUGAGGUGGUCGGCACCAGUCUACGGAGUGAAUUUGGUGUUUUCGUGUCGCGCGAGUAGUGCAUGCUGGUUCUCGACGUAGGUGGUUGCAAAAAUGCCGAAAUCGGAAGAUGACAUUGAUCUUGACGGAGUGCUAAACGAGAUCGGCCAGUUUGGUCGUUUCCAAAUCCGACAAUAUGGGUUGAUGGUAAUACCGAUUAUUCUUAACGCAUUCUUCACGCUAAGCUACGUGUUCACAGCGGGAAAUUUGAACUACAGAUGUGAGGUACCAGGAUGUGAUAAUGGACCGACUGCUGCUUUCUACCCAGAAUGGUUGAACAAUACUGUUCCAAUCGUUAAUGGAAUUCCGGCGCAAUGUGAACGGUUUCGACCGAUAACUAAUGCGAGCGCAGAUAACCUCUUGUGCGACGCCGAUGAGUUCGAUCGGAGAACCAUUAUUCAAUGCGACAGCUUUAUCUACGAAAACGAUGAAGUGACAAUCGUGAACGAUUUUAACAUCACUUGCCCUCAUAACGAUUGGAAGCUGACCCUCGUCGGAACCAUCAAUAAUGUGGGACAAUUCGUGGCGCUGCCUAUCGCGGGAUACAUAUCCGAUCGUUUUGGCAGACGUUUGGUGCUGCUUCUAAGUGUGGCCGGCAGUGCUAUUUUUGGUGUGAUACGAUCAUUUGCGUCUAGCUAUGAAAUGUUCAUCGUACUAGAAUUUCUAGAUCCACUAAUCGGCUCUACAAUGUAUACAACGGCAUUCGUUCUGGCUUUGGAGCUGGUCGGUCCCAAGAUGCGGGUUACCGGAAAUAAUAUCAUAUCUUGUGCGUUUUCGUUUGCUGAAGCUGGUCUUGGUUUAUUAGCCAUGUUGCUACGAAAUUGGCGCCAUCUACUUAGAGCACUCUACAUUCCCGGCAUAGUCUCAAUGCCUUUACUAUGGAUGACUACAGAAAGUGUACGAUGGCUGCUUUCCAAAGGACAACGAGAAAAAGCGUUCGACAUUCUCAAAAGGGCGGCAAAAAUGAACAGAAAAACUCUGUCACCAGCAGCGAUUGAAAGCUUCUGCCCGACGAGCGAUAACGAAUCUAGGUCUGAGAUGCUAGAAAAUAACAAUUUCUUCAGCGUUCUCACGAACGCAUUCAAGAACCGCCGUUUAAUCCUCCGAGUGAUCAACUGCUCUUUCUGUUGGUUGACUAAUGUGCUCGUGUAUUUUGGAUUGAGUUUGAACUCUGUCUCCUUGGCAGGAGAUAAAUAUCUCAACUUCAUAUUGGUGUCACUAAUUGAGCUCCCUGGAUUCCUGAUCAUGCAACUUAUCCUCGAUCGAGUAGGGCGACGUGUGACUCUUUGCACCACUAUGAUACUUUGUGGAUUGUUCUGCUUCCUUUCAGAGUUCAUACCUACAGGGAACCACUGGCUUAGUCUCGUACUGUUCCUAGCCGGUAAGAUGACCAUUACGAUGUCCUUUGGUACGCUCUACAUAUACACGGUUGAAAUCUUCCCAACGAACUUACGGCAAAGUCUCCUGUCUGUCUGCUCUAUGUUCGGACGAAUCGGUUCAAUGAUCGCACCUCAAACACCCCUGCUGGCUAAAGUCUGGGCCCCGCUACCAAUGGUCAUAUUCGGAAGCAUUGGCAUUGCAUCUGGGCUAGCGAUACUGGAAUUUCCGGAAACACUCAAUACUCAGCUUCCCAAUACGGUAGAGGAGGCGAUGAAUAUGGAAAAUGACGAACAGGAAAACAAAGGGAGGGAAAGGCUGGCAUGACAGAAGCAUGACAAAUUAAUCAAGGACCUGUUUAGUGAGUACAAAAUGCUGACCAAUUAAAAA